AUGAAAGAAACAAUCAAUUGGCGUCAAUUGUAUAAUGAAUCACAGGCUAUACGACCUGAAGAUACGAAUAUUUCAACUGAACGUAUUGGUCGUUUGGUAAAUAUAUAUAAAAAUGAUUUGAUUGACCAAGAUCUUCGUCAAUAUGCUCAACGUUUAACAAGAUUUUCUCGUUGUUGUCAAAUAUGUACAACAAAUAGUUAUACUGUAUAUCGAUGGUUUGAUACAUAUAUAUCAGGAGAUAAAAAUCUAUUUGAUUUUCAUUUAUCUGGACGAUCAGUAUCUGCUUUAGUUUAUUAUUUAAAUAAAACUAUAUUGAAACAAUCGGAUGAACGUGGACAAUUAUCAGAUUUUCAACAGGAUAAUAACGAUGAUUUAUCUAUAUCAUUCUUAUCAAAUCUUGAUGAAGAUAUUAUGAUAAAAAAACAUUUUUUCACAUCAUUUAUUCCAAAUUUUAUUUAUCGAUUAAUAACAAAAUUUCAAAUGUAUUAUACAUAUCGAAAAGCUCAAAGUCUUUCAUUAUCAAUUCAAGUUCAUAAUCAACCGUUGAAAACAUUUCAAUAUUUACUUGGAACAAAUAUUUCACCGAUAUUUAUAUGUUUUGUAAAUGAAGAUAAUAAUUUUCGUCAAUUAUUUUGGGCAUUUCGUCAUUUAAUAACCGUAUCGAAUUGGCCAUUAACAACAAAAAUCUUUUCGAAUUGUUCAUUUCGAACAAAUUCAAUAUUUGAACGAAUGAUGAUGAAUUAUCUUGGUUUUACUGAUUUAUCGGUUUUAAAUAUAAAUCAAAAGGACCUGUUUUGUUAUAUUUAUCGUUGUUUAAAAACAUGUCAACAAAAUGGACCGAUUAUUUUUCUUUUUGAUAAUUCAACUAUUUACAAACCAAAAUCGUCUGAUUAUUAUUUAAUGUCAUUUCUGUGUGAUUUAAUUCGAUUUGGUAAUUUAUCAAUACCAGAUAUGGUUUUUAUUCCAACUCGUUUAAAUAAAUCAUAUUUAGCAUUUAGUCAACCAUUUCUUUUUAAAGAAAUGGUUGAAUUCUUUACUAAAAAAAUGAAUAUUCAAAAACAAUUUUGUGAUCUAAUAAAAACUAAAGAACAAACUAUUAUUUAUAAAUUAAUUGAUUGUAUAUUUCUACAUCUUGCAUAUGAUUCGAAUCAACUCAUUCCAACAGCCAUUGAAUUUGAACAUAUACUUGCAUCAAUUGAAUUAAGUCAAAUAUCAAACAAUCAAGAACCAGCAACUGUGGAGAUAAUUUGUAAUAUACUUCAAAUGAUUCUUAAAACAUGUCCAUUUAUUAUUGCAGACAAUCAUAAAUGGAAUGAAAUCACUGUAAAAGAUAUUGAAUUAUACAAAUUCAAAUUCGAUAAUAAUAAAAAUUCGAAAUUCAAACUAAUUUCAAUUGUACGAAAAGAAUAUUUUCUUGAGAUAUUAGCAACAUUAUCAAUUCUAUCAAAAAUUCAACAUAUUGAUAAUAGAUCACGUAUAUAUGAAUUUGAAAUGUUUAAUCAAAUGGUAUUUCUUUUAUUUACAUUUGGUACUAAAGAAUAUUUAAAUAUUCGUUCAUGUCAAAAUAUUCAUCAAAUUAUUCAACAAACAAUUCAACAUUGUCAAUCAAGACAUUAUAUUCUUACAGAUCAUAUUUCUCAAAAAUCAAUGAAAUUUUGUGAUACUAUUCUAUCAGAUCAUGAAUGGAGUGAUGAUAAUGAUGAUGAAGUUGAUGUUAUGGAAGAGGAAUUUAUUGAUCAUGAUGAUGAAGAUGAUAUGCUAAUAACUGAUAUACCGAAUAAGAUUUAUGAAACAACAAAACCAAUCUAUCGAAUUAAUUAUCAAGAAACUCAUAUGCAAUUAAAAUUUUUUGCUAAAUUAUUUGGAUCAUAUAUCGAAGCGAUUGUUUAUAUGUUAAAAUAUCAUAUUGAAAAACAAUUAAAAGUUUUUACAUUAGUAGAAUUUGGUGUUCAUCAAGGAUUUCAUUUUCGUGAAACAUCUUGUUUGGAUUGUAAUGAAAUACUUCUAUUGAUACGUCGAGCAUAUGGAUAUCGAUUAUCAGAACAUUUAAAUAUAUUAGAUGAAAUACCGAUGUUUUUUGAACCGAUAGAUGACAAUUUGUAUCCAUUAUCAAUGGAUAAUCUUGUAUUACUUUAUGAUGAUUUUGUUAAACUAUUAAAUUGUUGUUGCAUUGAUUAA